CUCCGUAUUUUGUGACUUCACAAAGUAGGUUUUACUACGGCAGAGAGAGCACGGCUGGCUGGUUUAUGUCUGGUACUUUAAUUUUUGUGAUAUUUUCAAGCAAUAAAAGGAUGCGAUAGCUUUUGAAAUUGUCGAUAAACUGGUUUAUACAGCUAAAUUUGAAGGGCAUAUAUGUUAUGAGUAUCACAGAUGCAUUGACGUCAUCUCCACAAAGUUUGAUUGAUGAAACUAAAGCUUUGUCAAAUGGCUCUUGCUAUGGGAUUUACAAUGGCAAAGCAGAUAAGAAUCUGUCAGUUUGUAAUGGACAAAAUAAAUCUUUGCAGAAUAAUAUAGAGCACAAAACAGAACAUGAUAUCCAUUUUCACGUGCCCUUUCCCUUACUUGCUGGAGAGAACAUUGGACAAGUUACACGUGGCAAGGAAGCGCAUGUCAUACUUACAAACUUUCGACUUUUUGUGUCUGUACCACAGUGUUUUUACAAUAUACCAGUCAAAGCAAUUGAGUAUGUAGAGAUGAGAGAACUUUUAAGUUUGUUUGUUUAUUGCAAGGAUGGGACGGUCACACGAAUUAGUUUUGAUUCAGCUGAAGAGUGUUCAGAAUGGUGGAGACAUAUUACAUCCAGUGAAGCCCAUCAAACAAAAUCUGAAGACUUGUUUGCAUUCAAAUAUUUCCAGCUAAUGAAAGCAAAUCCACCUUUUUCUAGUUUUUCUGUGGAUUCAGAUGAAUUUGAAGCAUCAAUGUAUGUUAACGAUGUAAAGCGAAUGGGCUUUAACAUUGACAGUAUUUGGCGCACCACUGAAAUCAACUCUAAAUUUGAAAUAUCUAAAACAUACCCGAAAUUUCACAUUGUUCCAGCAUGGAUUACAGAUGAUGAUUUAAAGAAAAUUGCACAGUUUCGUUCUUUGAGACGAUUCCCAUCUGUUGUCUGGAGAAAUAAAUCAAAUGGUGCAGUAAUUGUUCGCUCAAGUCAACCAGAGUUGGGUUGGUUUGGCUGGCGAUGUGAAGAAGAUGAGCAUUUACUGUCGGCAAUUGCGCAAGCUGCAAGUCUGGAUAAUCACGCACAAAAUCAUAAUAUGACGCUGUCAGUUACUAACAUGGCAGCUGCAAAAACAAGUCAAUUUCUCUUGCUUGAUGCUCGUUCUUAUCCAGCGGCAGUUGCCAAUAGAGCUAAAGGUGGUGGAUGUGAAUGUCAGGAGUAUUAUCCUAACUGUGAUAUACAGUUUAUGGGCUUGCCAAAUAUACACGCCAUCAGAAAGAGCUUUCAGAGUGUUCGUGCAUUGUGUUUGAUGGGCUCGGACCAAACAAAUUGGUAUUCCGCUCUUGAAGCUACUCGCUGGUUGCACAACCUGUCUGCAUUGAUCAGGUCAACGCUAACCAUUGUUGAAGCAAUUGACGUGAAGUCGAAGUCGACACUUGUGCACUGCUCAGAUGGUUGGGAUAGAACAGCUCAGCUUGUGUCGCUCUCAGAAUUGUUGCUUGACCCAUAUUAUAGAACAAUCAAGGGUUUUAGGGUAGUUAUCGAACGUGAAUGGCUCGAAUUUGGUCAUAAAUUUGCAGAUCGAUGUGGCCAUGGCAAGGACGACCUAAAUGAGCGCAGUCCAGUUUUCCUUCAAUGGCUAGACGCUGUUCACCAGUGCAUGAAGCAAUUUCCUGACGCGUUUGAAUUCAACGAGUUUUUUCUUGUAAAGCUUGCCCAACACGUGUACAGUUGUCUGUUCGGCACGUUUCUAUGCAACACAGUGUGUGAACGGCGACAGUUAAAGUUGAAGAGCAGAACGUUUUCAGUCUGGGACCUGUUGCUGUCAGGACGGAGAGAUUUUGUGAAUUUUAUGUACGAUGCAGCAAACAAAAAGGUGUUAUAUCCAAAUUUUCAAAUUCGAAGUUUGUUGUUGUGGGAAAAUAUGUUUAUGUCUGGUUAUAACCACAAUCAUCUCGAUGGAUUAAAUAACGCCGCACAGUGUAUGGAGCUGAGUGAUUCGGGAAACUUUACGUGCAACUCAACAGAGUCCUCCAAUAAGAAUAGAGUUUUCCGAAAGAAACUUUCUCAUGAGACAUUGCACAAAGUAGAAGUGAAUAUCGAUAGUGAAGUAGACAAUAGCAGCGUUUCUUCUUGUGCGUCGGCCAACGGUCACGCGCCGCAUGCUAAACCGCUUAAAACAAGCGAUGUGGAGAAGAGCACAUGUUUCACUUGUAACGGUAUAACUAACGGAAAUCUGUCUGAGAGCGCAGACAGUGCGAUUUCGAACGAUAUGGCAUCUCAACGGGAUGUUGGUACGACUGAAUCUAAUAUAAUUGAAGAAAAGACUUCUCUAAAUAAACUUUCGUGCUUUACAGAUAAUCCUGGCGGCGCAGAGAACUGCGCGAUAAAUAACGCAGAGAUCUCGACCAAUGGAAAUAAAUUGCUCUCUAUUUCACUGAGUGCAAAUACUAUACAAGAACCAAUAACUAAUCCUUCUCACGAUGAACAAACGGACCAUCUAGAAAACAUUGCAAAUUCGUAUAAUGAAACUUCUGUUAGUAAAAAAGAAAAUUUUAGUUGUCAAGAUAGCAUGACGGACAGUGUUCGCACUUUAACCGACGAAGUCAACGAGCAUCGUAAGAGUUUCGACGAUUCGUGCGUCAAUGUACGGUCGUCACCGCUCUCCGAUGCGGACCUCGUUUCUUUGCAACACCGAAGCAACGGUUUUUUAAGGGCGCAUUCGCCUGAAAGUAAUCGUUUACAGCGCACGAAAUCCGUGCCGGACGUCAUGACUACUUCUGUUUGCGUAAACACUGAUGUUGCCAGGCAACAUCCGUCUGUCGAAUUAGCACAAAAACAAAAAGAUUUUGAGAAAGAUUUAAGUAGAUACAUAGAUUCCGAUGGUUUAACGCUGUCGUAUAGUUUUAUCGAUAAGAAACUUAUCGACCUACAUGCAAAACAUUCUGUAGAAUUAUCUAGGCUACAAAGAAAGCUGGAUGUGGAAAGGCAAGCUAGAAUAUUUUUGCAGCAACAACAGUGCACGCACGACACCUUGUCACAUUUACCGGCUUCGAUAUUGGAAAACUUGCAGGAUGACAGACUGUCGCUUCCUGACUCAGUGAACGGUGAACGGUCUUCUGUUUCGAGUAUUAGUAACGACGACGGCUGGGAACAGGUGCAGUUCGAUGAUGUCCAACCCACACGGUGGAUGCCAGACCACUUGUCGUGCGCAUGCGCAAGUUGUGGAUGUCCGUUUACUGUAAUCUAUCGCAAACAUCAUUGCAGAAAAUGUGGUGGAAUAUUCUGCGACACGUGUACAAAUUUUAAACUUACGGUACCGGAAGAACAACUCUACACACCUGUUCGAGUUUGCGCGAAAUGCUACGAAAGCCACACGAGAAUAUGAAGCAGCCGAUUUAAAUACUACGGCCCGAUUUGAUUAUUUGGUGAUUGGCUCGUGGUUGAUUGACGUAUCCUCGUGUCACAUCCCUUUGAAUGUGGUAAGACAUCAAUGAUUCCAGAAUAGGUUUUUUUACAUACGCAUCCAGUGAGCUACCUUUAGCUGGCGCAAAUGUGAAGUGGUGCAAAAAGGUUUUUAGUUGCAUUCAUUUGAAUUUUGAUUUUAAUAAAAAGUCGCAAAUUUUUGAAGUAAUACCGGAACGUGAUGUCAAUAUCGUUUAUUUGUUUGUUUAUUUUGUUCAUGAUACCCCUGAACUGAAUAAAACAUUAAAGGGAAAAUUAGAGGGAAGAAGAAAAGUUCUUGAGAAGCUUAAAUUUAUUAGCCUUUUUGCACCAUCCAGGAGAAGCCUAAAUUUAGCUUUCCUGCACCAUUCUUCAACUAGUGAGCUCUAAUUUUAAUCACGUGAUGAAGCAGUAUGAGGAACGAACGAAAUAUACGGUUAAGAGAUGUUGAAGUCAGAUUUGUAACAUUGCUACAGCCUGCUCUAAUCCUGAGAUGAACGUCCAUUGUCCAUUUUGAACAGAACUAAAUAUACAUAAUAUUCGGUUUACACCGUUUUUUGUACUUCCCCUGUGAUCAAUGCAACCGACCAACGUUUGUAAAUGUUUUUUUACUGUUUUUUUAAACUGAAAUUAAAACCUUAUGAAUAUUGGUCUUUCUACACGUCCGUUUAGAACUUCAAUAUUAUAUUGUUACCAUUUUUUGAGUUUGUAGAUAUGUAACUAGAAUAGAUGAAUUGAAAAUAUCACAUUGAAAAAAUAACUAA